AUGGUCGGACCAUCCUCGCCGCCGCCGCCGCGUUCGACGCGCACAGGACCAUCCUCGCCGCCGCCGGAGCUGCCUGGCGACCUCGAGCGCGCCUUGAAGGACGGGAGGGGCGCAGACGUCAAGCUGGGCGUUGGUGGCCGGGUGUUCAGCGCGCACAGGUUCAUACUCGUGGCGCGGUCGCCAGUGUUCAAGGCGGAGCUCUCUCAUCCGACGACCGCUAAUAAGGUCACGCAGCACCUAGAGGUCGUCGACAUGGAGCCGGACAUCUUCGAGAUGCUUCUUCACUUCGUCUACACCGAUUCACUACCACCAUGUAAUGUAGACCAAGGAGAUUAUGGUACCGCGGCGAUGCAGUAUCUGCUAGUCGCGGCAGAUCGGUACAGGCUGGAUAGACUCAAGAUGAUAUGUGAAGAGAAACUAUGCAGAAGAAUUGACUUAAAAACAGUGCUGAGCAUGCUGGCGGUGGCAGAUCGACACUGCUGCUGCAAGCGACUCAAGGAUGCCUGCAAGGCCUUCAUAUCACUGCCGGAUGUAAUGGGCGCAGUCGUGAUGAGCGACGGAUUCAAAGACCUCAAGGCGGCCCAUUGCCUCGGCCGGGUGGUCUAA